CCGUUUACUUCACGAAUUUCAACUUAAUUUUGAAAUGUCUCUAUUGCGUGUUACGCCUUAUCGGAAUCUAAGUUCAUUAAAUCACAUAAUUAAGAACAUUCUCACAUCUCAUGUUACAAAAAAUAAGAAUUAUGGGACAGCGUCUAGUGUUGUGAAGAGUACUUAUGAGGAUAUAAGUAUACCGAAUCAAAGUAUCACUAGUUUAGUCUUAUCGCAAAAAGAUCACCGUGCAGAGUCACCAGCAGUGACAUGUGGAGUCUCAGGACGAUCGUACACAUUUGGUAUGACAAAAAUGCUAAUCGAACGAGGAGCGGCAGCACUCAUAGGACAACUCGGUUUAAAACCCGGGGACCGAAUUGGUUUAAUCUUACCUAAUAUCCCAGAAUACGUAAUUGCUAUUCAUGCAGCAAUGUCAGCUGGAUUAACGGUAACGUUUGCGAAUCCAUUGUAUACAGAAGAAGAAAUUACACGACAAUUUCGAAGUGUAGGAGUAAAAUCUAUUGUAACAAUACCACUGCUCCUUGAGACUGCUUUGCAGAUAUCAAAGAAAUUGCCAAAUUAUACGCAAACUGUAAAUAUUGGCGGAGAGCCUGAUCCUGGUAAAAACAUUCUGAGCAUGCAGGCUCUCUUAAUGGAUAGCGAUGGAGUUGAUCUGCCAAAAGUAAACCCAACGGACAUAGCUGUCCUACCGUACAGCUCUGGCACGACUGGACCACCGAAAGGUGUGAUGCUGACACAUCAGAAUCUUGUGGCAAACAUUCUUCAAUGCAGUCACCAAGAUUUCAACGAUUCACCGGCAUUUGAAGGGCCGCAAAAAACCGUUUUCACAGUCUUACCAUUCUUCCAUAUUUAUGGAUUCAAUACUAUCAUGAACACGUCACUGUACAGAGGGGAGCAUCUUAUAACUAUACCUCGAUUUACUCCUGAAGAUUACUUAAGCUGUCUGAUCAAGUAUAAACCAGAUACACUGUUCGUUGUUCCGUCGUUGUUGCUGUUCUUGGCAUCUCAUCCAGAAAUUACAGCUGACCAUUUGUCAAGCGUAAAAAGAGUACUAUCUGGUGCUGCGCCCGCAACGAAGAAUUUGAUAGACAAGUUUACAGAAAAAUUGAAUCGCGAUGACUGUGUAAUCAAUCAAGGAUACGGGAUGACAGAAACCAGUCCUGUCACGAUGCUCACGCCAUUUCUGAUAGAGCACAGCAAAGCUGGUAGUUGUGGUCGCCUGUUACCAUCAACAUCCGCAAGGCUUGUAGACCAAACUAAUGGUCAAGAUAUCACGGUUCCAUACAAGUCAGGCGAACUCCUAAUUAAGGGUCCGCAACUUAUGAAAGGAUAUCUUGAUAAUCCGAAGGCAACGGCCGAAACUAUCGAUGAAGAGGGAUGGCUGCAUACAGGGGAUGUUGCUUACUACGAUGAUGAGAAAUAUUUUUUUAUCGUUGACAGAACUAAAGAGCUCAUCAAGGUGAAAGGAAACCAGGUAUCACCGACCGAACUAGAGUCUAUAAUCUUAGAAAUGCCUGGAGUGGUAGACGUAGCAGUCAUUGGUGUUCCAGACACACUUGCGGGAGAAUUACCCAGAGCUUUUGUGGUAAAACAGCCAAAUUCGGACUUGACUGAAGAAUCUAUCUCUAACUACCUAAAGCCUAAGGUUGUUGCUUACAAGAACUUAGCAGGUGGUGUGAUAUUCAUAGAUGCUAUACCGCGAAACGCAGCUGGCAAGAUCAUGCGUCAGGAAUUGAAAGUAUUUGGUAAAUAAGAAAUUACGUUUAAGUGAAAUUUA